AUCCCUGUCAUUUCUCGUUUGCAUCUGCUCAUAUCGUUGGGUCCCUAGGCUGUGUGAGCCGAAGCAACAAUGGCGGAGCGGAGAAUCUCCUAUGCUCCCGACGUGGAGAAUGGUGACCAUUCUCGCAACAAUGAAGGUGGUGAAGGACUUGAGGAAUAUGCUGCUUUGAACCGCUACAUUUCGACUCAGCGCGACAAGCGCCGUGGCUCCACCUCCAGCGCUGGUGGACUCAGCACCGGCAAGGACAAGAAGAAGGGUGGUUUCUCCCUCUUCAAGAAGGGUUCCGAUGGUGCUGAGGAUGGCUUCGUCUGCCCCGAUGACUGGCUCGAGACCGACAUGCGCUCCGGUCUGCGCUCCAGCGACAUCGACGCUCGUCGCAAGAGAACUGGUUGGAACGAGUUGACCACUGAGAAGACCAACUUCUUCGUUCAGUUCAUUGGUUAUUUCCGUGGUCCUAUUCUUUAUGUUAUGGAACUUGCUGUUUUGCUCGCUGCCGGUCUUCGUGACUGGAUCGAUCUCGGUGUCAUUAUCGGUAUUCUUAUGCUCAACGCUGUUGUCGGUUGGUACCAGGAGAAGCAGGCCGCCGAUGUCGUCGCUUCGCUUAAGGGUGAUAUUGCUAUGAAGGCUGUUGUUGUUCGUGAUGGACAAGAGCAGGAAAUCCUUGCCCGUGAACUGGUUGCCGGUGAUAUUGUCGUCGUUGAGGAAGGUACUAUCGUUCCUGCUGAUAUCCGCCUUAUCUGCGACUACAGCAAGCCCGAGAACUUCGAGACCUACAAGGAGUACCUCGCCACUGUUGGCGAUGACACUCUUAAGGAGAAGGAGGAUGAGGAUGACGAGGAUGGUGGCAUCGAGGCUCGCGCCGGUGUCUCCCUCAUCGCCGUUGACCAGUCCGCCAUCACUGGUGAGUCUCUGGCUGUCGACAAGUACAUGGCCGACACUUGCUACUACACCACUGGUUGCAAGCGUGGAAAGGCCUACGCCAUCGUCACCGCUACCGCCAAGCAGUCUUUCGUCGGUAAGACCGCUGCUCUCGUCCAGGGUGCCAAGGACCAGGGUCACUUCAAGGCCGUCAUGGACAACAUCGGUACCUCCCUCCUGGUUCUUGUCAUGUUCUGGAUUCUCGCUGCCUGGAUCGGUGGUUUCUACCGUCACCUCAAGAUCGCUACCCCCGAGAACUCCGACAACAACCUCCUCCACUACACCCUGAUUCUCCUGAUCAUCGGUGUUCCCGUCGGUCUUCCCGUCGUCACCACCACUACCCUCGCUGUCGGUGCUGCUUACCUGGCCGAGCAGAAGGCUAUCGUCCAGAAGCUCACUGCCAUCGAGUCCCUUGCUGGUGUCGACAUUCUUUGCUCUGACAAGACUGGUACCCUUACUGCCAACCAGCUCUCCAUCCGUGAGCCUUACGUCAACGAGGGUGUUGAUGUUAACUGGAUGAUGGCUGUCGCUGCUAUCGCCUCCAACCACAACAUCAAGAACUUGGAUCCCAUUGACAAGGUCACCAUCCUGACUCUCCGUCGUUACCCCAAGGCUCGUGAGAUCCUUGCCCGCAACUGGGUUACCGAGAAGUACACUCCCUUCGACCCCGUCUCCAAGCGUAUCACUACCAUCUGUACCUGCGACGGUGUCCGCUACGUCUGCGCCAAGGGUGCUCCCAAGGCUAUCCUGGCCAUGUCUGAGUGCUCCGAGGAUGAGGCCAACAAGUUCCGUGAGAAGGCUGCUGAGUUCGCUCGCCGUGGUUUCCGUUCCCUUGGUGUUGCCGUCCAGAAGGAGGGCGAGCCCUGGCAAUUGCUCGGCAUGUACCCCAUGUUCGACCCCCCUCGUGAGGAUACUGCCCACACCAUCGCCGAGGCCCAGCACCUUGGUCUGUCCGUUAAGAUGUUGACUGGUGAUGCUCUCGCCAUCGCCAAGGAAACCUGCAAGAUGCUUGCCCUGAGCACCAAGGUUUACGACUCCGAGAAGCUGAUCCACGGUGGUCUUGCCGGCUCUGCCCAGCACGACCUUGUCGAGAAGGCUGAUGGUUUCGCUGAGGUCUUCCCCGAGCACAAGUACCAGGUCGUCGAGAUGCUCCAGCAGCGUGGUCACUUGACUGCCAUGACUGGUGACGGUGUCAACGAUGCUCCUUCCCUCAAGAAGGCUGACUGUGGUAUCGCCGUCGAGGGUUCCACUGAAGCCGCCCAGGCCGCUGCCGAUAUCGUUUUCCUUGCCCCCGGUCUCAGCACCAUUGUCGAUGCCAUCAAGCUUGCCCGUCAGAUCUUCCAGCGCAUGAAGGCUUACAUCCAGUACCGUAUCGCUCUGUGUCUCCACCUUGAGAUCUACCUUGUCACCUCCAUGAUCAUCAUCGAGGAGACCAUCCGUGCCGACCUCAUUGUCUUCAUUGCCCUGUUCGCUGAUUUGGCCACCAUUGCCGUCGCCUACGAUAACGCCCACUUCGAACAGCGCCCCGUCGAGUGGCAGUUGCCCAAGAUCUGGGUUAUCUCCGUCGUCCUUGGUGUCUUGCUUGCCGGUGCCACCUGGAUCAUCCGUGCCUCCCUCUUCCUCAAGGACGGUGGUAUUAUCCAGAACUUUGGUUCUCCCCAGGAGAUUCUCUUCCUUGAGGUUGCUCUUACUGAGAACUGGCUGAUCUUCGUUACCCGUGGUGGCAAAACCUGGCCCUCGUGGCAGCUGGUUGGUGCCAUCUUCGUCGUUGAUGUGCUCGCCACCCUCUUCUGUGUCUUCGGCUGGCUCUCCGGCGGCAACUUCGAGCAGACCCACCCCCACGACAGCGCCAACUUCUCCCACAACGGUCACGUCGACAUUGUUACCGUCGUUGUCAUCUGGGCCUACUCCAUUGGUGUCACCAUCAUCAUUGCGGUUGUCUACUACCUCCUUACCAUUGUCCCCGCCCUUGACAACCUGGGCCGCAAGAACCGCUCCCGCGCCGACACCCAGAUUGAGAACCUGCUUGGCCACCUGUCCAAGCUCGCCAUUGAGCACGAGCAGGACUCCCACGGCAGGUCCCGCUAUGUCCUGGGCGCUCGCGCCGAGGUUGAGGAGGAUGAGUAAACGCUUAUCAGCGCUCCAUGAUACCAUCCCCGCUGGGCUCACUUGCUACGCAUACAUGCAUGAGCUGGAAGACCUCCGGCUUGCUCAUUUUACCCGUAUUAUAGACUUUUUUCUCUUAUUACCGUUGUCUCUUUUGAUAGAGCCAAUUUCUUUUCUAUCUUACAUGUAUGUAUGUCAUUAAU